AGCGAACCGCAACGAAAGAAGCGGAGGUGCCCUCCCUCCUCUCUUCCAUCACUGACGUCCACUUCACAAGGAAAAGUCCACUGACGCUUCGUCGCCAUUUUUUUCUUAUUAUUAUUGAGGAGCGUGGCGCUUUCGACUUGCUUCAUUGUUCUUUGUUUUUCUCUUUCUUGUUGGGCUGAAAGAAACGUUUUCUUUCAUUUCGCACGUUCUCCGUUGAAGCGCCAAGCCGCUCUAUCGGUCACUUCCAUUACAGUAGACUUUCACAGUUUCUUCUGCUUGUUUUUGCGUGUGUGGAGAAGCACGGUGGCCCAUGUCUGCAUCUUAGACCUCGUAGAGGUAGAGCGCGCACACCGCAGCGAUAUGUGGAUACGCUCCCCUCUCACACGUAGCACCCCUCCCCGCCACUUCUUUCUUCGUCUUCGACAGCAACGUGUCCCAUCGUCGUCAAAGCUCCCUCCGUCUCUUCCUUCGAGUUCGGAUGACACCGCUGAUCGUUUUCUCCUUACGCGUGAACUGGUUGAUGAUGUGCACGUGACCGUCAGCCCGAGCGCGCGACGUGGCAGCGACGGUGCUGCGGUGCUGUGGCUGCCCUUUCAAAGCCUCACGCUGACCUACGCCGCGCACCCUGCUCUGCGAUCCCUCGCGGCGUCUCACACUUUAAUACUCGAGUCUCUCGCGAAGACGCCGGACGUGCUUCAGCAGCUCACCGUGUGGAACCCGUGUGGCGGCAGCAUGGCCGCGACACGUCUGCGCUGUGUGACGGCCGCCUUCGCGAUGGUGGAGCCCUAUCGGCGGAGUGUGUCUCGCAUGCUGGCCUUGCCGCCGCAGCAACGUCGCCUCGUAGACGAAAUACGUCUCGUUCAGCUCCUCUUCUUUCCGUCUCCCAAUGCGAGCUUGUUGGUCUCGAGAGAGCUGGAGCGCAUGCGUGAUGGCUGUACGGGUGAUGUUUUGUGGACUCUGUUGUCGGUCCCGUGCUCGCCGGAAGUGCUGCGCGUGGUGCUCGUCGCGGCGCUGCGUUCGUGCCCUGCAGGACUUACCCCACAAGUUUUUCAAAGGGCCGUGCACGCCCUGCUGAAUAACGAUAACUUCUUCUGCGAGCGCACCUUCGACGACUUGCAUCGCCUGCUUGUGUCGGUUGUGCUGCCGGCGGUGGGGGUGGGUAGGAGCGACAGCGGCGUCAAUGCCGCCGGGGCAGGACCGGCCCUCGACGUCCUCGCCGUGCGCUGGACGCCGUUGAUGAAGAAGUGGGCGCGCGUCUACACGAAAAGUGUGAAGGGGUUCCUGCUCUACGACUGCCUCUGCGCUCUUAUGCGCGCCGCGCCGUCGGCGGAGACGAAGCUGCCGUCAUCUUUUUAUGUCCAGCUGCUCGGUGCGCUGCUCGACGCAAGCGUGGCGGGCGGGGCGGAUAAGGCGAGGGAGGGCUGGGCGAAGAUGACGAGGGUCGCCGCUGAUGCUCUUCGCCUCUUUGGGCGCAACGCCGCGGACUUGCGUGCCAUUUGGGUCCUCCUGCUCAAGGCCGCCCUCACCCUCCCACCACGGCACGAGGACUAUCAGCGCCUGCUAGAGGCGUACCACCUGUGUGGGCGGUGCGGUCACACCGUGCCACUGGACCGGCAGGGGUUUCUACAAGUGACGCGGCUCGUCUCCGGGGCGAUCGGCGCAGGGCCCCCCGCCCACGCCGUGCAUCAGUUUUGUACGUUUCUGUACGAACAAGACAACGUCAACUUUCUCUGGCUGCUCGACGGGAUCGGCACCACCCUGACGGACCUCUGGGAGAUGCACGGCGCAACGGCCACCGGUGCCGCGCAAGAACUUCUCACUGCGUUGGAGAAGCUGCUCCGCGAUCGACGCGUGACGGGGGUCGACAUUCACGCAAACCCUGUCGUGGCCCGCGCCCUCCACCGCUUCAAACUUGGCGGCCCGAUUCUGUUUUGGUGGGCGUGCGGAUGUGGCGAGGAACUGCCGUGCAGUUCGAAGCGGUGUACCGCCUGCCUGCGCUCGUCUGGGGUGUCGUGGAAGUGCGCGGCGUGCGGGCAGGAGCACAAAGUGCCGUGCGGCGUGCAAUCCUGUUCGUGCGGGCAGCCCAAUCCGCGUCUGGCGGCGGCCACCCGCGCCGGCCACUCCCUCUGCGGUGCAUGCGGCGAUGUGAAGGACACGCGUGGUGUUUGUGUGCGGUGCGCGGUGCAGCGAGGCGCCCAGUCGCGCACGAUGGAGUGUCCGCACUGCCACAAGACUUACGCGCCGAACGCGCUGCACUGCCCACACUGCUACGCAGCCAACCCCAUCAAGCCCCCGCUUUACCUCUGGCACUGUGAGGCCUGCGACGACUUCAACUACUCCAUCUGGUCCUCCUGUCGCACCUGCAAGGUCCCACGCAGAGGCGGCGCUUUUUUUAUGCCGUUUGUGCCGUGGGCGUGCGGGUGCGGUGCGCUGAACCACGCUGGUCGGCUCACCUGUGGCGGCUGCGGGACGGGUGUCCGACACGGCGGCUUCACCUGCGCCGGCUGCCACGCCCACGUCUCCUCGAAGUCGCUUCGUCGAGUCGUACUCACCGUAGACAGCAAAGCAAUCGCGGUGCAUCUCUGUCCGCACUGCCAGACCCCGCACCCCCGCUCCGACCUUCUGCUGUACUCCCCCCUGCUUCCUCGGCACUGCAUGUUCUGUGCCAAGACGAUCCACCCGACCAGCGUCUCGCCACGUGGCGCCUUUCAUCACUGCGGCGCGGUGCAAGGCGUGAAUGAGAAUUACGUCUUUCGGUGUCUGCACUGCGCCGCAGCAGGGCAUCCGCAGCAAGGGGAGCUGCAGACCGGCUUUCACUGCCGCCACUGUCUGUUUCCCCGCCCUGAGGUGGAGGCGCUGAUGGUGGCCGCGGAAGCUGACGCCGCCCCUGUCACCGCUGUCUGGCGGUGCUUGCACGAGAGCGAGGACGGUGCGCUGUGUGGACAGUGGAACUACGGCUGGAGUGCGCACUGUGUGACCUGUGGGACAGGGCGGCCCGACUCGUCCUUUGAGUGCCGGGCCAAAGCGCGGCUGUGGCGGUGCGGCACCUGCGGACACGCCAACCGCCCCAUCGACGUUUUGUUUUGCCCCCACUGCAAAAGCGGUCUGCAGCCCGUGCAGCCGUGUGUGACCUGUGGGAUGCCGCACCUCUCUUACUCGUGUCGUGUCAACAUGCAGCAGUGCGAGUAA